UUAGCUCUCAGCGCUCUUUAAUUCAGGAUGUCCUGCAGUUUGCUGGAUUUUUGCCGCGUUCAAGAGCUCAAACAAGUCCGGGAUUUUCUCUCCCACAGUCAGAAAAAUCCCCCCACAGAUGACAACAAAGAGCAAACAGAGAGUGAGUUAGCGUGGGAUGAGUCAGAUUGGGGCUCCUGGGAGGCAGCGGACACCAAAGAAGAUGGAACCACGCCUCAUGAUGUUGAUGAUGUGCAGCAGAACAGCGCCCCCUGGCUGCAGGACUGCAUACUCGCUCUGUCACCAUGCUCAGACCUGCUGGUCAUCGCUCAAGACCACAAAGCUGCAUUCCUCUCCGCCAAAUGGCAGACAGACGCCAGCGGAAAGGAGGAGAUGACUCUGGCUGUGACCUGGAGCGGCACGCUGAGCACUGAGGAUGGAGAGUGUGUGAGUAGCGUCAUCUGCAUCCCACUGGCCAGCCAGAAGAGAAGUUCUACGGGUCGUCCAGACUGGACGUGCAUCGUGGUCGGGUUCAGUUCCGGUUACGUCCGCUUCUACACAGAGAAUGGGGUUCUCCUCUUGGCUCAGCUGCUGAACGAAGACCCGGUUCUCAGACUGAAGUGUCGCACGUAUGAGAUCCCGCGCCAUCCCGGAGUCAACGAACAGCAUGAGGAGUUGAGUAUUCUGUACCCAGCAGCCCUGGUCACUAUCGAUGGCUUCAGCCUCUUUCAGUCUCUGCGUGCCUGCAGGAAUCAGGUUGCUAGAGCUGCUGCAGCAGGAAGUGACGUCGUACAGCCUCCUCCUCUCGCCUAUAAGAAGUGGGGACUGCAGGACAUGGACACCAUCGUGGACCACACCAGUGUGGGCAUCAUGACACUGAACGUGUUUGAUCAGAUGAAGAAUGCGUCGAUACUCGGGGGUUUCCAUGCCUCAGUAAAGGGUAGUCCUCCUGCCAUGAGUCAGUAUAUAACGGUGGGAGGCGGUCCCUUCACCGGAUUCUUCUACGCCGUGGAGGGCAUUUCUCAGCCUCUCCUCUCCCACGUUGCUCUUGCUGUGGCCAGUAAACUCACUUCUGCCCUGUUCAGUGCCGCCAGUGGAUGGUUGGGGUGGAACAAGAACAAGACCGAAGAAGAGCCUGCUCAGAAACAGAAGCCUAAGGUGGAGCCAGCCACGCCCCUUCCUGUUAGGUUCGGUCUCCCCGAUUCCCGUCGUCAUGGCGAAUCUAUCUGUCUGUCGCCGUGCAACACCAUGGCAGGCGUGACAGACGACUUUGGCAGAGUGACGCUGCUGGACGUGGCACGCGGCAUCGCCAUCCGCAUGUGGAAGGGUUACCGUGACGCCCAGCUGGGCUGGGUGCAGGUGUAUGAGGCUCAUGGGGACAGAGACACGGUCACGUCACCCUCCAUGCCCCGCCGCUGUGCUCAGUUCCUGGUGAUUUACGCCCCCCGUAGGGGCAUCCUGGAGGUGUGGGGCACUCAACACGGCCCCCGGAUCGGGGCAUUUACUGUAGGCAAACACUGCAGGUUGUUGUAUCCAGGUUACAGGUUAAUGGGCGUGAACAGUGUGACCAGUCAGGGUUGGCACUUACACACACAGCAGGUGUGUCUGUUCGACCCGGUCAACGGAGUGCUGCGCACCAUAACUGUACCAUUCCACCUGGCUCUCAGCGAUAAGAAGAGCGAGCGAGCCAAAGACAUCCAUCUGCUGAAAAGACUGACCGCUCUGCUCAGGAACGCUGACCCAGACCCUGAUCUUCUGGAGAGUGAGGCUCGGAGCGUCCUGCUGGAGAUCAGACACCCCGCCGUUAAAAAACAGGCUCUGGAGUGUCUGCUGUCCUGUAAGAACGUUCCGGUCUCGUGUCUGAUCAACAUCACCCGAGCUUUAUCGGAGAGCUUAAAAGAACAAGACCCUGAGGCGGUGGAUGAAUCAUUGCUGCAGUUGUGUUCCUCUCAACUCAAACUGCUGCAGCUCUACACCGACGUCCAGCUCCUCCACUCACCUGAUGCCUCGCCCACUGAGCCUGAAUCUCUCUCAGUGCCUGGUAUUGAAGAUGACCUCGCUCGACUCGGACCAGUCCUGCAGCGUUACGCGGAGUUUAACUCACGCCCCUCCGUGUCAUUCGCGCAGGACGAGGCGGGACCACUGCCGGUCAAAACCUUCCUGUCGCAGUUAGUGUGUGAAGGCGGCGAGCUGCGACUCAUCAGAGGCCCUGACACAGACUGGACGCAGCUAGGUAGCUUCCUGUUUUGGGGAUGUCUUUCUGGACAGAGUCCACUGGAGCGAGUGUGUGAGACCCUACAGCAGAGUGGCAUCAGCCCUCAGCAGUUACUGUCUCUGCUGCUGACGGUGUGGCUGAACAGAGAGAAGGAGGUCUUGAAGAGAGCAGACGCUAUUCGGAACCUGCACACACUCCUCAAUACACUCAGCUCUAUGAAAGGAGCGGUGGAUGAGUCGUGGGAUGUGCAGUGCGUGUCCCCCUGGUGGCAGCAGGUGCGUAACACUUGCGUUCAGUCGGAGAGCGCUGGCGCCGCCCUGCUGGCUGUACUCGUCGCUCAUCGUGCUGCCAAGAGCUCCAUCACAGGCCUGGCAGGGAACAAGCUGCAGUCAGACUGGGAGUGCGUGUCUCUGGAGCUGGAACAGUGGGUGGUGUGUGUGUGGCAGCUGGAGGACGUGUUGGUGCUGCAGACGUUGCUGAGCCUGCCGUCUCCUCGGGGUUCACCAGGGGGCGCCGUCCAGCGCUGCUCAGUCAAAACACUGCUGGAGAGCGGAAGAGGUGGCGUAGCAGACAGCGUGGCGAAGCUGAUCUUCAGACAGGACGUCACUCCUGGAACGUUGAAAGACAUUGUGCAGCGGAGGGUGAUGGAACACGGUGAGGAACACGGUGAGGAACACGGUGAGGAACACGGUGAGGAACAGUGUUCACAGCAGGAGACGGAGGAGAAGGACGCCUUGCACACACUGGAGGAGCUGCUGGCGUGUGUGUGUCAGCGUUUCCCCAACUCCCUCUCUCCUGACGUGUUGUUGGCUCACUGUUGUUGGGAAUACGUGGUCCAGUGGAACAAAGACCCCGAGGUGGGCCGGUACCUGGAGUGGUCUGUGGAGUAUCUGAAGAUGAUCUCCAGUCCUCACAUUCAGUUAGGAAUCUCCACCAUGAUGUGGAACACGUUUAUUGUGAAACGUUUCUCUGCAGCAGCCUUCUUAAUGGAAAAGGUGGGAAAAGCUCCGAAGGACAGACUCUGCAGACGGGAUGUAGGAAUGGGCGACACGGCCAUGACCAGUUUCCUGGGCUCCUGUGUGCAGCUGCUGCAGGCUCUGAUGGAGGUCUCGUCUUCCUCCUUUCUUCUUUCUCUUCCUCUUUUCUCCAGAGCGGACUCGAGGGUGGAGGAGGCGAGCGUGACGGAGGUGUGUGUGGAGGAGGUGUGGGGCGGAGCUGAGGGUCCGGCCUCCAUAGCGGAGUUAGCGCUGCAGCAGAGGGGGGUGCAUUACCCGCUGGUGCAGCAUCACUGGCUGUUAGCGUCGCUGCUGCAUGCCGCCAUGAGCUUCUCGAUGCGCCUCAAACCCCUCAGCCUCUUCGACACCAAGGGGAAGAAUGCGUUUUUCAGGGAGCUGACCUCGAUCCAGCUGCUGCCCAGUGGAGACAUGGACCCCAGUCUGGUGGCUCUGAGACAGGAAUUUCUGCUGAGUGUGUUGACAGCAUGGGUGAAGCUUCUGGGUGAGGAGAAGAAGGAGGAGGAAGAGGGUGGUGUGUCUGUUACAGCAGGAGUCAGGGAGCUGGCGUGGAUGGAGACGUGUAUGGAGCUGGCCUCACUGCUGCAGCUUAACGCUGAUAUUCUGCGCAGACACUUCAUCUGUGAGCUGUAUAACCAGGGCCUGGACCUGCGCGCUGAGGAGGUGAUGUUGGAGGUGGAGGAUAAGGAUGUGUUGGGUUCUCAGCUCUUGGUUCUGAUCGGUCAGCGCCUGGCCUACUCUCUGUUUCACUCUCAGACUCAGACCAAAGCCAGCAUGGAGCUCCUGGCACGUCUUCCCACGACCCUCUGUACCUGGCUCAAAGCGAUGGACCCGAGCGAUCUCCGGCGUCCCUCCGUGCCUGUGCAGCAGGUCAGCCGGCUGGUGAGCCGUGUGGUCGAGAUGCUGCCGGAGAAACACGCGCAGUACAACAUUGCACUGCAUCUGCUGGAGGCGGUGGACAUGCUGCAGGAGGACGAGUGAAAGAGCGAGAGAGAACAAUCACAGAGAGAGAGAGAGAGAGAGAGAGAGCGCAAAUAUUUCCAUCUAGUUUCCCUUCAGUCACUUUAUAAGCACAGGUCUUACAAUAAUACACAGUUUAAGCCCAGACGUCACGAUCAGUCAGGACGUGUUCAGCGUCUUUAGUUCUGCACCGCACAGAAUUACGCUAACGUCGUAAUAACUAGCCGUGUUUGUUUUAUUUAUUUACUCAAUGUAUGAAAAUAAUAAAUAACUAAACAACAUGAUGAUGAUGAUGAUGGAGAGUCUUGAUACUAAGCUCUGGCACUGGAGACUCCUUCCUUAAACUUUUAAAUCCAUUUAUGUUAAACAUCCGUCGUACAAGUCCCUGCCGUUACUAUAGAAACGAGCGCGUUAAUAUAAACCCAUGGAAGUGAAUAAACGCCUUCCGACCAAUCAGAAUAAAGACCUCAACAGCGCCGCGGUGUAAAUUUUACGAUCGAUCCCACGCCGGCGACAUCAUCUCAUCAAAGGCCGUGCAACACGGCCGCCUCCGGGACGUCCCGGUGUGACGUCUACGCCAUGUGUAGAGAAAAUAACUUGCGCGAGACUGAGUACUCUGUGCGACAGCUGCAUGUUUUUGCAUGUGCAGAACCUGAGACGCUAAGCAGGUCCUGGCUGACGGACUGUAAUUGGUCUGAGGAAGUAAACGACUAUUAAAGAGACUCGGAGACGUGUUGAAGAGGCUUAUAUUUGGUUCCGUUUGACAUUUUAACGGAAUAAGCAGGGGUCAGAGAGAGAGCGUGUGCAUGUGAGAGAGAGAGAAUGUUAGAUGAUCAGUGUUCGCAGUUCUAUGCAUUUUAAUGGUGACGCGCGUGUUUAAAGCCCAGCCUUCGUGCUCAAUGCUGCUGAUUCAGUAGCAGUACUUCGUUCUAUACGCUCUGUAUUAGUUAGUGGGCGGAGUAAAGCGUAAGGAGUCAUUAACAUUAGCUGCAAUUCGUCUGCAGAAAGAAAAUCGCAUUUCGUUUCAUUAUCCGUCGUAACGUAUCGAGUCGUCUUGUCCUUUCACUCUCUCGGGUGCCAUUUUAACGCUACGGUCUUUCUUCCUUCCUCCCUCGUCGCCGGAACGGAGUUUGUACUGUAAAUGUAAUUUAUGUGUCUACUGUGAACGCGGUAGUUACGCAAGAGACAGAGCGGCGCAGUAUAUCCUGCAGAACAGCCGCUCUCCACGCUCACACACUUCACUCCGCACCGGUGCUGCAGUUUCUUAUUGUACAGAGCCGAAUACACUCAAAGUGCUAUAUAAAAGAUUAAACACACCA